AAUGAAAUGUGGGUCCAUUGCAGUGAAGCUCGAUUGGUUAAUUUAGUACACGCAGAGCUCAUUGCAGAGGAGGGACACUUUAACUUUCGAUUUCGAUUCAACUUAGGAAAACAUGGAGUCCGCCUGAUGUCUGAUUUUGUAAACGCGUCUAAAACUGUUUAAUAGCGAUAAAGAAGGUUUCCAACAACAAGCAAACAAUAUAGCUACGGUCUCGUUUCGCGUCUGAUUUCACAUUUACUUUCCGGGCAGACAGACACGGUGAUCGUACUUGUCGUUACCUUAUAGUCUCAGUGCAUCAGCAUGUUGGAAGAAACGGGGCCAGAGCCUGAGUGGUUAUCUGAGGAGGUGAAAACCGGAACAACCAUCAUUGGCAUCGAGUAUGAUGGAGGGGUCGUACUGGGGUCUGAUUCCCGGGUGUCUGCAGGGGCAUCAGUGGUGAACAGAGUGAUGAACAAGCUGUCUCCCCUCCAUGACAAGAUCUACUGUGCUCUGUCCGGCUCUGCAGCAGACGCUCAGACCAUCGCUGAGAUGGUCAACUACCAGCUAGAUGUUCACAGUAUUGAGGUAGGCGAGGACCCUCAGGUUCGCUCAGCUGCCACUCUGGUGAAGAACAUCUCGUACAAGUACAAAGAGGAGCUAUCAGCACAUCUCAUCGUGGCCGGCUGGGACAGAAGAGAUGGAGGACAGGUGUUUGCAACCCUGAGUGGUCUCUUGACAAGGCAACCUUUUGCAGUUGGUGGCUCUGGCAGCUCAUAUGUUUAUGGGUUUGUUGAUGCUGAGUAUCGCAAGAACAUGAGCAAGGAGGAGUGCCAGCAAUUGAUUGUCAACACUCUCUCUUUGGCAAUGAACCGCGAUGGCUCCAGUGGUGGCGUGGCCUAUAUUGUCACCAUUGAUAAAGACGGUGCUGAAGAGAAAGUCAUUCUCGGAAAUGACUUACCCACCUUCUUUGAUCAAUGAUUGAUAAAUAUUUUUCUAGUCUACUAAGACACUGUUGUGCGUGAUGCAAUUAGGAAUUUGUUUUGCUCACACUAACUAUUAUACAUACACUUUGGCUAGCUGACAACUCAUUCAGCUUGAAAACUGAAAUAUAUUGGACAUAAAUAAUUUAAUAAACUCCUCUAUAAUUCCCAAAGCUAUUUCAGGUAAUAUCAGGUAUCAUUUGUGUGAGUGUAAUUUGAAAGCUGCUUGCACCUUCAGAUCACCAGAUACAGCUGCGAAAGUUUGUGAAUCAUUAUUAAUAGAUUUAAAUAAGGUUAUAGAAGAAACUAUUCUCACCAGAGGGAUGAUGGUAAACAUUAUGUUAGCUCUGUCCUUCAGGUUCAGGUCAGCUUCACAGAGUUAGACAUGGAAAUUGUCAGUGUCCAUCAGAUGGACUGUUGCCACCAGGUCAUCUGAGGCAAAAGUGAAAGUCACAUUUGUCCACCAGAGGAUUGUGUUUUUCUGCGGUUUGUUAAUCCAACUAAUAAAACUAGAUUGACCUGCCAUGGUUGGUCACCUGCAUACAUUAUUCAGACUGGACAUUAUUAAAAGCCUUCUUAGAUUCACAUGCAUUUGGAGUAUAAACUGUCAUCAUGGAUACACUCACAAUGAGUACAACAUAUACUAUUUGAAACUGUAAUUUUAAAUAAAAUACGAGCUCCAUGU